CAACUGUCAAUUGCCAAAUCGUGAAAGUGACGCAUCGGCGGGCGAUGAUAUCCAAAUUGCUGAUAUUUGUGAUUUUUACUAUCUAAUAAGCCUAAAACCAAGCCCUAUCUAAUGAUAGCAUAACAUUUCAUAAAAUAAGUGUUAUAUAUUCGAAUGACUGAAGUAAGAUUUGUGUUACUUUUCUCUAUGUGCAAGAAAUUCUUCUGAGCGUAAAAAACUACGUUUUCUCGAGAAUUUUAAUCAGAAACCGGCUAAGAUGUGGAAAGCAUCAACAGAUGUGGCUGCCCCAGCACCAGCCGAGGCAGAUGACUGGGAGACAGACCCAGACUUUGUGAACGAUGUGACGGAGCAAGAGCAACGUUGGGGCCCUGGCGGCAGACAUGUGGAGGCUAUUGAUAUGGCGAAGUUAAGGGAAGAGGUGUUCGAAGCCGACAAACAAGUUAAGAAACAACAAUAUGAGGCUGGACCUAAAUCAUCCUUCGGAUAUGGUGGAAAAUUUGGAGUGCAAGCAGACAGAAUGGACAAAUCAGCAGUCGGACACGACUAUGUCGGGAAGACUGAGAAACAUGUCUCCCAGAAGGACUAUGCACAAGGUUUCGGAGGCAAGUUUGGGGUACAGACGGACCGCAUGGACGCCAGCGCAGUGGGCCACGACUAUGUUGGCGCGGUGGAGAAGCACGCCUCGCAGACUGAUGCUGCUAAGGGCUUCGGUGGCAAGUUCGGUGUGCAGACCGACAGGGUCGAUAAGAGCGCGGUGGGCUGGGAGCACAAGGAGCAGGCGGCGAAGCACCCGUCGCAGCGGGACCACUCGCUGGGCUUCGGCGGCAAGUUCGGCGUGCAGGCGGACCGGCAGGACAAGUGCGCCGCCGGCUGGGACCACCACGAGGCUGCCAACACGCACGAGUCGCAGAAAGAUUACAAGGAGGGUUUCGGCGGUAAGUUCGGAGUGCAAACGGACAGACAGGACGCGUCGGCGGUGGGCUGGGACCACCAGGAGAAGACUCCUGCGCACGCCAGCCAAGUCGAUCACAAGAAGGGUUUCGGCGGCAAGUUUGGCGUGCAAACUGACCGGGUGGAUAAAUGCGCCCACCGCUUCGACGAAGUUGAGAAGGUGGGCACGAACUACAGCAAGCAGCGGCCCGACAUCGGUGGCGCCAAGCCCUCCUCCAUACGCGCCAAGUUCGAGAACAUGGCCAAGGAGAAGGAACAGGAAGCGCAGCAGUCGGUUCAAAGGAUAAGGCAAGAAAGACAACAAACCGAUAAAAGCCUAUCAGAUAAGGAAAAGCAACGCGUGGAAAAAGAGAAAACAGAGGAAGUUGACGAACCAAAUCAACCACCACCUCAACCUGUGCAACCCAAAACAGAAGAAACAAACAAAGCUGCUCUCAACACAAACAUCAACAUCACCAAAACGACAGAAGAAACAGCGGACAUCGUUCCUACGACCGAAGUGCCAAAGAGUCCUGUUCAAGAAGCGAAGCAGAUCAUCUUACCCGAUGUCACUUUGGUGGGAGACGCUAAAGAAGAAGAGAAAGCAGAGAGCAAAGAAGAAAAGGAAGAAAUGACCCGCCAGCCCACGAUCGUGGUGUCGCCGGUGGGCUGGGAGAGCGAGCUGGGCGCGGACGGCGACGCGGACGACGAGGACGGGUACACGGCGCGCGCGCUCUACGACUACCAGGCCGCCGCGCCGGACGAGAUCUCCUUCGACCCGGACGACCUCAUCACCAACAUCGUCAUGAUCGACGAGGGUUGGUGGCAGGGGCUAUGUAAAGGCGCGUACGGACUAUUCCCCGCUAACUACGUGCAACUGCAGGACAAAUAAGUAUUUUUUUUUAUUAUUAUUCUACAUUCCUUAACUAUACAAGUAUACAUAGCGAUCAUUGUCAAAUGUUACAAUAUUUUGGUAAAAUAAUAUGAAUAUUUGUUACAUAACCUUCGAUCAUCAAUUUAGUUCUUUAUCUAAAUAUUUUAGGGAAACUCAGAACGUCAUAUCCUUCUCAGACAACUUUUUCAUCAACAUCACAAAAUCUCGGAAAUAGCUUGACAUAAAAAGAUGAAAUUUGGCAGGGAGGUAGUUUGUAGUUAGUAGACGUUCGCUAAGAACCGGUUUUGCGACAGGGCCAGAUUAAGGAGUUCUAAGGGCGGACAAAGUCGCGGAUGUAAGGUAAAGUUCUUUCUACUAAAUAACAUAGAUAAUAAUAAUUAGAUGAACGCAAAAUUUCUGAAUGCCUCCGUGGUGCAGUGGAAUGCGUGGUGGAUUUACAAGACGGAGGUCCUGGGUUCGAUCCCCGGCUGGACCGAUUGACGAUUUCUUUUUUGACGACGAUUGCCUUCGGCCGUGGCUAACUACCACCGUACCGGCAAAGACGUGCCGCCAAGCGAUUUAGCGUUCCGGUACGAUGUCGUGUAGAAACCGAAAGGGGUGUGGAUUUUCAUCCAACUCCUAACAAGUUACCUUCUUAGAUACUUCAUAUUAAAUUGCAUCAUCACUUACCAUCAGGUGAGAUUCUGGUCAUGGGCUAACUUGUGAAGUAUAAAAGAAAACAAAUAAUCACAACUAAUUCGUAUGUUUGUUUUGAAUUUUGAAUCAUACCCUGCUGCUAAACUAUGCACAAAAAUUAAGGGAGCAGAAAAAAAAUCCAAAUUUUUGGGGGAUUUUCAACAGGCUGUAACUUAUACAAAAAUGGUCGUACAGCAAAAAAAUAAAAAGCAAAUUGUAGCUCUGAGUGUUUAGUUUUUGGAUCUGAGUUUGAAAAUUUUUUUUUGAAAAUAUUUUUCGAGUAAUCAUAAGAAAACCACCGAAAAAAAAAUUUUCGAAAUUUUUUUGGGUUUUUUUUUUAAUCUACGGACGUGGAAAAAAAAUUUUCGGCUCAACCUCCAUAUGGACCGGAUAGCUUGUUUAUUCAGAUUUAAUUUCGUUUUUUUUUUAAUCUCGAUACGAGCAUUUCUCGCUGAGAUAUCGAUGUUUGAAUGGAAAAAGAUCAUUUUGUCUUUGAUUACGAAAAUUAAGAAUUUCGCUCUGAAAAUGUCAUAAUUUUUAUCUAAAAUGAAAUUUUUUUUUUUUUAAUUUUUCUCUCAAUUCUCUAUUAGUGACUUGAAAAAUUAAAGAAAAAAAAAAAUUAUGACAUUUUCAGAGCGAAAUUCUUCAUUUUCUUGCUCCUUUAAUUUUUUGAAAAAUUCGAUCAAGUGGGAAAAAAAACGGUUGGCUGGAUUGAAUUGAAACUUUGUAGGGUUUUUGUGGGUAUAUUGAACAGUAAAAGGCACACUUAACGUCAGUGGUUUCCGCAAUAUUUUUGAUUGGGCGCUUGAUUUUCCAAAAAACGACAAAAAGCCCUUUUUUGGAUGCUUUUUCAAAUUCAUGUAAUGAUUGAAAAAAAUUUUUUUUUUCAAAAUUCAAUUGCCAAUCCUCGUAGAAAAUUUAUUCAAGUUUUUAAAACCAAUCUCAAAAUUUUUGUGCAAUCAUUGGUUGCUGAGAUAUUGGUAAUCAAAGACAAAAUGAUCUUUUUCCAUUCAAACAUCGAUAUCUCAGCGAGAAAUGCUCGUAUCGAGAUUUAAAAAAAACGAAAUUAAAUCUGAAUAAACAAGCUAUCCGGUCCAUAUGGAGGUUGAGCCGAAUAUUUUUUUUCCACGUCCGUAGAUUAAAAAAAAAACCAAAAAAAUUUCGAAAAUUUUUUUUUCGGUGGUUUUCUUAUGAUUACUCGAAAAAUAUUUAAAAAAAAAAAAUUCAAACUUAGAUCCAAAAACUAAACACUCAGAGCUACAAUUUGCUUUUUAUUUUUUGCUGUACGACCAUUUUUGUAUAAGUUACAGCCUGUUGAAAAUCACCCAAAAAUUUGGAUUUUUUUUCUGCUCCCUUAAUUUUUGUGCAUAGUAUAUAUUAAAUUUUUGAUCGAAGGAUAAACGGUAAUGUUUUAUAUAUAUAACCGAAUUAUUGUUAUAAACAUGGAUAAAAACUGUUACAUAAAAUGUAAAUAAACAUAGAACUAUUUAUUAAGAAUAUUAUAAAGAUGAGCAAAUUGUUACAUACUUUGAUAGCCUGGUUCAGAUGACAGGAUCCCAUCAUCAAUUCUUUUCCACCCGAUUCCGAAGAAAGUAUUGUAAAAACAAUACUUUCUUACCUACGGGCAAAUAAGUCCUCUUUCUGACACAGUCGGGUAAAAAUGCCCCAACCAUUGACCUCUUAUUAUAAAAGGACGCACAAUCAUGUAGAAAAUUUCACUUAAAAACUGUCCAAUUUUGCUUUGGCAGUUUUAGAAUUAUUGGUAAAGAAAAUUAUCCCUAAAGGCCUUAAAAUAUACUCCAAUAUUUAAUAAAAUCCCAAAUUCAGAGCAAAUUCAACCUUAAGUUUAAGGUUGAAUUUGCAAAUGCGACUACUUGAAUUGAGUGCCAAGAAGUUGUUUGACACUCAUUGAGUGGGGACGUUUUUUGGUCGCUGAUUGUGCAUCCACUUUUUAAUAGCAGAUCGAUGGCCUCAACUCAGCAUUUUGGCACAUACUUCUUAUUAAAAAAAAAGUAUGUAGUAUUUUACAUGUAAUUAAGUGUAAUUUUUUUAGUUUAGACAGAUCACGCUUGACAAGAAUUUUAUUAAAAAGAACUAUAUUAUUCCAAGAUAUGGUUUUCGAUUUCCUCAUAUUGACCUCUAAAAUUAAAACACUGUAGGUUCUUAAAAUUAUUGUUAUCAUAGUAUAGAAAAUUAUAAAUAUGGAACCAUAGAUAUUUUUUUCAAUAUACAUGUAAUAUGUGUUUAUUAGAAAGGUCAUAUGACAUUUUUGAAUGGGCAAAGAUAAUUUUUGAUAUGCUGUUUUUGUUAAUCUAUACUUCUAUGCUAAUAUUAUAAAGAGUUUGUUCGUUUGUUUGUUUGUUUGUUUGAUUGAUUGAACGCGCUAAUCUCCGGAACUACUGGACCGAUUUGAAAAAUUAUUUCAGUGUUAGAUAGCCCAUUUAUCAAGAAAGGCUAUCCUACGGGAACGGGAACCACGCGGGUGAAACCGCGCGGCAUCAGCUAGUAGAGUAAAUAAAUCAUAAUUUGAAUGGAAUUGUUAGACAGUAAACAGUAAUAAAUAUUUAUUUAACGUAGUAAUUUAUUUUACAUUAAAACUGUACCCUAUCCAGAUUCCACACUUCACAGUAAAGUAUAUGAAAAAGAAACGACUACCUACUGAAAGAUGUAUAUCCAAAGAUUUUCUACUAUUAGAUAUGUUACGUGCCUACAAAAUCACCUCAAAAAGUAAUUCGAAAUUAACUCGACUACUACUCAACUGAGCGCACAUAUGCACAAUUUUGUAUUUACUUAUAUAUAGUUUUUAUACUAUUUGAACAUAGAACUCUCGACAUGUAGACAAUAUUUAGGUAUUAUUUGUUUAAAUAACUUUCGUUUACAACGCCACUAAAUGAAAGUAAGACAAUUAGCCACUUUUUACCGCUUCAGUUUCAAUGCGCUAGUGACAUAUCUAUAGUAAAAAAUCUUUGUCUAUAUAUUAUUCUUUGUGCCUCUCUAUACUGGGAGCUUCUAAUAAUUAAUUAACAAGUAAUUAAGUCUUACGCAUUUCCCUUCGGCAUAUUUUUCUAAAAAGUCUUGAUUUUUUACGAAACUAGCUUUAAGUUGUGUUUAAGUAAGAUGUUAUAUGAUCAAUGAUCAUGUACCAUAUUUUUUUUGGUAUAUUUGACCUUAAAUAUUAUAAUCAUAUGUAACAAUAAUUACACUUCAAAGGAUUUGGUAGAUAAGGUGCUAUCUUCAUCUAUCCUUAAAACAAUCAAAUAGUAGCGAAAUUAUGUAGUGUAACCAACGAUAUUUAUACUAUUAGAUAUGUUACGUGCCUACAAAAUCGCCGCAAAAAGUGUUCCGAACUCAGCUACUGAGCGCACACAUACACAAUUUUGUGUGUUACCUACAUUAUAUAUUUCAACACACACAACUCGACAUUGUAAACAAUAUUUACUUAUUAAUUUUUUAAAUACCUUUCGUUGUUUACAAUGCGACUAAAUUAAAUUAAGACAAUUAGGCACAUCUGUUCGCCUCAGUUUUGACGCGCUAGUGCCAUAUCUAAUAAUAUAAAAUAUCGUUGAGUGUAACGGUUUUUUUGUAACUCUAUAAUGUGAGUUUCGAUUUCGUCUCUGUCUAGAUUCGUCGCUCUCUGUAUCUGUAGGUACAGAGAGCGACGAAUUCGAGACUUACACUGACUGAGUUUUAUAAGCAUUUUGAGAAUAUACCGGAUUUAGCUAUUUUUUUAAUGUUUAUUUAUCUUAGUGUUUGUUAAUAUUAUUUGAACUUAAAUCAUGGUUCUUUUAUCAGUGAGCAAAUCACUUAUGAUUGUUUAAAAAAAACUUAUCAAUUAUAGAACGAUAGGUAUUUUAUUUGUAUUAUUUUGUCGUUUUGUUAUACCUGAAAUUAAAAUACAGGACAAUACAGAAUACAGAAUAUAAAAAAAGAAAACGUGGAAAUAAAUUCAGAAUAUGUAAAAGCAGACCAAUUUCUAUUAUUAAUGAAAAAAAUCUGGAUCUGCAUUGAAAAUACCAUACAGCUGCGGCUUUAAAAUCAUACAUUGAUUUUUUAUAAUCUUAGAGCGAUAUCAGACUAGUGUAUAUUAUACGCGCGUAUGAGCUCGUUUUUGGAAGCGCAUGUAGGCGCGUUUAGGCGUGCUUUUUGGCACACGCUCAACUCGUACGAGGGCUUCUAAGCUCUUAUAUGAUAAGCUGAUACUGACACGAUACCGGUUCGAGGGAACACGCUGAAAAUAUAUGCCCAUUUACGCGGGUCCGGUUUUUUUAAAUCAAAAAUUCAUUUAUUUCAAAUAAGCUCAGUAUACAAGCACUUUUGAUCUAUUUGUAAAGAUUCUACCACCGGUUCGGAAGGCAGAUUCUGCUGAGAAGAAACCGGCAAGAAACUCAACAGUUGCUCUUUUAAAAAAAUCAUACAAUAACAUUAUAAUUACAUUUGAUGACAACAUUACAAUUUCUUAUAGUUUUACUUCCUGUGUGAAGGAAUUUAGCGAGCGUGUAAGCGCGAAUGCUAAAACGACCGUAUGCGCGCACAAAAAUACGCUAGUCUGAAAUCAGUCUUAUGACGACAUAUAUGACAUGUAACCUCAUUUUAUGGAAUUAAUGAUUAUUAAUAAUGUAUUGAUAAUGAUAAUAAUAAUUUUUAUUCAAUAAUUGUAAUGCCUAAAUGUAAGUAUUUUACGGACAAUUUAUUUUAUUAAAACAUUUAAAUGCUGUUUUAAAAAAAAACAUUUUAUAAAAUUAAUAUAAAAUAUUAUUAUGAAUUAAUAAAAUGUUGAAAACA